CGUCGUUCUGAUGAAGGCGUGGCUUCAGAGGAGGGGGUGGUGACGUGAACUUUACUCUUAUUCAUUGCUGUGUAGAUGGUUUGCAGAGAUUGUGCAGAGAUUCUGCUGCAACGCCAGCACUGGUGAAACUGAGGUUGUCUGAAAAAUGACGUCAGCAGGACAGCGAAUCAGGUCUCUGUACCAGUGGGUAGUGGAAAAUGGAGACAAGAGGACUGACCCGUGGCUGCUGGUCUACUCCCCCGUCCCCGUGUCACUCAUCUUCCUGCUGUAUCUCUGUGUGGUCUGGGCCGGCCCCCGUCUGAUGAAGCACAGGGAACCUGUUGACCUCAGAGCUGUCCUCAUUGUUUACAACUUCUCCAUGGUCGGCCUUUCUGCGUACAUGUUCUACGAGUUCUUGGUCACAUCCUGGCUCUCAAACUACAGCCUACUGUGUCAGCCGGUAGAUUACAGCACCAGCCCUUUGGCCAUGAGAAUGGCCAGUGUGUGCUGGUGGUUCUUCUUCUCCAAGGUCAUAGAGCUGAGUGACACCCUCUUUUUCAUCCUGAGGAAGAAGGACAGCCAAGUAACGUUUCUUCACGUCUACCAUCACGCCACCAUGAUCUUUAACUGGUGGUCUGGGGUCAAGUAUGUGGCAGGAGGACAGUCCUUCUUCAUCGGCCUGGUCAACACCUUUGUUCACAUCGUGAUGUAUUCCUACUACGGCCUGGCUGCUCUGGGGCCUCACAUGCAGAAGUACCUGUGGUGGAAACGAUACCUCACACGCCUGCAGCUGCUGCAGUUCCUGAUGUUUCUCUUACACACCGGCUACAACCUGUUUGCAGAGUGCGACUUUCCAGACGCCAUGAACCUGGUGGUGUUUGGUUACUGCGUCACCCUCAUCAUCCUCUUCAGUAACUUCUACUAUCAGAGCUACCUGAGCAGGAAGAAAAAGAAAUGAGAUGCAACGACAAGCAACAAUAGGCCAGUUGCACUGGGGGGUUUUUCUGUCUGUAAUACUUACCAGUGACCAGUAGAGGGCAUUACACACCUGCAAGACGUUUACUAAGCUAUUCAAAACUGCAGGAAAUCUAAAUACCUCAAAGAAACAACCCUUUAAAGACCAAACAUUUUAUUAAUCCUUAAACUGAGAAAAAAAAUCAAAAACAAACAAACUGUCAAAUAAUCAAUGUAAACAAACUGUACAUUUUUAGACAUAUAUAUAAUAAUGUUUUUAAUGGUUAACGUUAAGUCAUGAGCCCCAAAAAACGAACAAAUCACAGCAACAAACGCACAUAUGCAAAAAAACACAUCUCCACUGUCACAACAACACAGCAAAAACGAUGUUGUCUCUUAUACACAUCAGUCUGAAGUGGAUUCAAUGGGUUUGAUUUGUGGAAUAAAGAGAAAGAGGAAAAAAAAA